AAUAAUUGAAAUUGAAAUUUUCUUGAAAGUCUAAGAAAUUAUUGAAAAAUCCUUUAAAUCUCCUAGUUAUAAAAAUAUAAAAUAAUUAAAAUUUACUCAUUUGCUGUUGUUUCUAAGGUGGAUUUUAAUUACUUUCCGGUCCAAAUUUAAAAUUUUCAAACAUAUUUUCGGAAAAUAAUAAAUAAACCCAACUAAAAAUGGCCACCUAAAAAUGAAUUAAAUAACAACUACAGAAAAACUUAACAAAACCGCACAAAAUAUUUACAAAAACCAAAAUAAAAAAGAACAGUAUUUUAUACUAAAUAUUGCAUAGUGUUCAAUUAGUGUUUGUUUAUAUAAACAAUAGUGUUUGUUUAUAAAACAACCAAAAAAAAAGGAAAAAAAUCGUUAAAAAUAUCUUUGGCUGUUUUGUCAAACUAAACUAUUUUCCUACCAAUUUUUUUCCCCAUAUUGAUUGGGAUCUUUUUUUGUCAUUGCCAAAUUCAGCAUAAAUCUAACAGUUUACAACAUUUUUAUUUCCUUGUUUAAACUACUCUGUUUUUUUUCUUCUCGCUGUUGCUAAACUGAUGAAACCAUUUUAGGCCAGAAAAUCGAAAAAUUUACACAAAACCUUAAAAAAAGCGUAACAAUUCCAUAGAUUAAAAGCCGGAAAAAAACUAGAAAAAGAAAAUUGUAUUAUGCAUUUUUUUCUAUCGAUGAUGAUGGAAAAUCUCAUUUAAAACAACUGCCAGUAGAACGUAAAUACAAUAACCUACCCAGAAAAUAAAACGUAUUAAAAAAAAGCUGUGCUCCGCUUUUACUCCUCUUGACUACAAAAGCAUUUAAAAAGGACCUGCUCCUCGGUAACGCGCCAUUGAAAAAAAAAUAAAUAAAAACUAAAAUUCCAACAUCAUCUGUAAUCCAUUCGUGUUCGUUAUGCAUCAUUGUUUGUAUUACAAUUCCAACCACUGGUAAAACUAAAACUACGACAAACAGCAACAACAACAACAACAAUUGAUGGCUAAAAAUUUAUGUAGCCAAAUAUUUUGUUUGUUAUAUUUUGUUUUGACCACCACUACUCCAACCGCCAGCACAACAACGACCACCACUUCUGCCCCUAAAAUCUAAACAAUUUUAUUUGUUGUGUAGUUGUGUUUUUGGUCCAACAACUUCCUGUCCGUUUUACAUACCGCAGUUAUAUUGUAAAACAAAUAAAAAACGACAUCAGCCUAUACUCAAACAAAAAUAUCUAACAAAUAUCGAGAAAAAUUAUAAAUACAGUUUUCCAUGCCAUUGGCUUGGCUGUUACGAAAUAUUUGAAAACCCAAUCACACCACUUCUUAGUAUAAAAACUGGUGAAAACAUUUAACAUUUACUCUUUGGUAUUAUUAGUGUGUAAUAAAUUUGAAAUCCUUUAAACAUCCUCCUACGUGUACAUCAUAAUUGCCAUCAAAAUUUUUGGGCCAUUACGAGACAAAGAAUGUCAUCAACAAAAUGUGGCCUAAAAAUGAUUUUUAUAGCGAUCAUUUUUGUCAUCAUCGUAAAUGGUUACGCAAAAGAUAUUUCUGGAGUUGAAAGAGGUCACAACCGUUUAAACGAAUACAUAUCUCAUUAUGAAACAUUAGAUUAUGAUCAUCAACAUUUACGCGCUAGUCACCAUAGAGCCCGACGAUCAGUGACCAAAGAUCAUUAUGUACAUUUAAAAUUUCAAGCACAUGGAAGAAACUUCCAUAUUAGAUUAAAACGUGAUUUAUAUACAUUUAGUAAUAAGUUAGAGAUAAUUGAUAGCAAUGGCCCUCUCGAUGUAUCAACCGAUCAUAUUUACGAGGGCGAUGUGAUAGGGGAUCGUAAUAGUUAUGUAUUCGGUUCCAUAUUGGAUGGUAUAUUUGAGGGUAAAAUAAUAACCGAACGUGAUGCCUACUAUGUUGAACAUGCCAAACGUUAUUUUCCAACAAAUUUUACACAAAUGCAAUCAUUGGAAUUGCACAGUACUGAUAAAACUUUUAAUACAUCUAUGUCUGCUACAACAACAUCGUCUACAACAUCAACAACAACGACGACGACGUCGACCACGACAUCAACAACAAAAUCACCUUUAGAUAAAAGUAAAAACAUAGACGAUCAUCAUGAUGAGAUCGUUAAAAAUAUCGGUUAUCAUUCGGUGAUCUAUAAGGAAUCACAUGUGGAUGAUGUCUACAAGGAUGUAAGAGAAGGCCAUGUUGGUGGUUGUGGCAUAACAGAUGAAGUUUCCCAAUGGAUGGAGAAUAUACAAAAUUCAGCCGUUGAAGAAUUGCCUACACCAAUGUCAAAGGACGAGCGAAUCCCCAAGAAACGUGCACCAGCGGAAGAUAAAAUUAUAUUGGAUGUAGACGAAAAGCUGGCGGGAGAAAACGAGGAGCAACAAAAGCAGAGCAGUAAUAACAGUAGUAGUAAAAGUAAACAAGAAAAAACCACAUCCUCUGCAUCCUCAACCUCCACCACCUCAUCCACUUCCACACAACCACCGAAAAAAUAUGCCAACAACAACAGUAACAACAAUAAUAACCAAAACAAUGGUGCCAUGGAUGAUUUUAAAUAUCCUUAUGAAAAAUAUACAAAAGAAGCAAAUUUUCGUUAUGCUGCCAGUGAUGAUGGCGAUGAUGAUGAUGCUGCUGAUGAGGACGACGAUGACGAUGAGGUGGCUGCUGCUACAGCUGGUGCUGGUUAUUUUUAUGAUCCUGAAACAGGGCGUCGUUUACAACCCACCGAUACAGACUGGCAUGAACGUGUUCAUGAGCGCGUAAGACGUGCAUCCGGUUCGUCGGGCUCUUCCGCUCGUCGUGAGGAUAAUAAGAAUACCUGCUCGUUGUACAUACAAACAGAUCCAUUGAUUUGGCGUCAUAUACGUGAAGGAAUCGCUGAUCAUGAUCGUAGCCAUAAAUAUGAAAGGGACAUUAAGACGCGAGAGGAAAUCACAUCGCUAAUAGCACAUCACGUUACGGCUGUUAAUUACAUUUACCGCAAUACAAAAUUCGAUGGACGUACAGAGCAUCGAAAUAUACGUUUUGAGGUGCAACGCAUUAAAAUUGAUGAUGAUUCAGCCUGCCGCACUUCUUACAAUGGUCCUCAUAAUGCCUUUUGUAAUGAACAUAUGGAUGUUUCGAAUUUUCUUAAUUUACAUUCCCUCGAGGAUCAUUCGGACUUUUGUCUGGCCUAUGUGUUCACUUACAGAGAUUUUACUGGCGGCACUUUGGGUUUGGCCUGGGUGGCUAGUGCCUCGGGUGCUUCUGGUGGCAUUUGUGAAAAAUAUAAAACCUAUACGGAGACAGUUGGUGGUCAAUAUCAAAGCACAAAACGUUCACUCAAUACGGGCAUUAUAACAUUCGUUAACUACAAUAGUCGUGUUCCGCCCAAAGUAUCACAAUUGACUUUGGCACAUGAAAUCGGGCAUAAUUUUGGAUCGCCGCACGAUUAUCCUCAAGAAUGUCGUCCCGGUGGUCUGAGCGGUAAUUUCAUAAUGUUUGCCAGUGCCACUUCUGGUGAUCGUCCGAAUAACUCAAAAUUCUCUUCGUGUUCCAUACGCAACAUCUCCAAUGUCUUGGAUGUUUUAGUGGGCAACAUGAAACGUGAUUGCUUCAAGGUAUCCGAAGGAGCCUUCUGUGGCAAUAAGAUUGUAGAACAAGGCGAAGAGUGUGAUUGUGGCUUCAAUGAAGAUGAAUGCAAAGACAAAUGUUGUUAUCCUAGAUUAAUUAGUGAAUACGAUCUAUCCCUUAAUAGUAGCGCUAAAGGCUGUACACGACGUGCAAAGACACAGUGUUCACCCUCGCAGGGUCCUUGCUGUCUGUCCAGUUCCUGUACGUUUGUACCCACCAACUAUCAUCAGAAAUGUAAAGAGGAAACAGAGUGUUCCUGGUCCAGUACUUGUAAUGGCACCACAGCCGAGUGUCCCGAACCCAAGCCAAGAGAUGAUAAGACAAAGUGCAACAAUGGUACCGCUUUGUGUAUAAGAGGCGAGUGUUCGGGAUCGAUUUGUUUGCUGUGGAAUAUGUCAGAAUGUUUUUUGACCUCUCAACAGCAGCCGCAUGUAGAUAAAAGGAAAUUGUGUGAAUUGGCCUGCCAGAAUGGCAAUGAUACAACUACGUGUAGAAGUACGUCGGAAUUUGCUCAUUUGUUUGGUUUGCCAGUGGGCGGCAUAAGUUUACGUCCCGGUUCGCCUUGUGACAAUUUCCAAGGUUAUUGUGAUGUGUUCCUCAAAUGUCGAGCCGUCGAUGCAGAUGGUCCUUUAGUGCGCUUGAAGAAUUUACUGCUUAAUCGUGAGACACUGUUAACAGUGGCUCAAUGGAUUACGGAAAAUUGGUAUAUUGUGGUGUUGAUGAGUAUUGGUUUCAUAAUCGUGAUGGGCAUAUUCAUCAAGUGCUGUGCCGUACACACGCCCAGUUCAAAUCCUAAAAAGCGAAGAGCCCGAAGAAUAUCAGAAACACUAAGAGCUCCUAUGAAUACUUUAAGACGAAUGCGUCAUCCCCAUGGUCGUAAUGCUGGACCACGCAGCAUACCACCGCCAGUACAUGACACACGUGCCCAUCAUCGUAAUUAUCCCCCCGACUGGGAUCGCCACCAUCGUUCUGGCGGUGCAGGUGUUGUUGCUGCUCAAGGUGUAGUGCCAUUGCCGGGCGCAAGCAGUCAUGCGAGUCGUUCGGCUGCUGGUGGUAGACCACCUGGAGGUGGCGGUGCAGCCGGUGGCCGUAGUUCCCGUUCCAAUGGAUCUAGACAACCUAGCAGUUCUAGAUCGGGCGGACAACAUGGGUAUGCUGAUGCUCCACCUAGUGUGGGUCCAUCUAAUAGUGCGGGUGGUGUUGGUAGUGGUUUACAUAUGGGUGCACCGAUUGUUGGGCCGGGUUCAUCUACUAGUGGUGCGGGUGUUUUAUCACGUGCCCAAAUGCCUUUACCCGCCCUGCCGUCCAAUGCACAAACGCAACAACAACAAUCACAACAACUGCCACAACAAGCAUACUAUGCGCCGAAAGUUGAAGUCCGCAAUAAAUCCCGUUCAUCACGUACAAACACAUCCUCCUCUACAACGGCUAAACAAAGCCAACAUAAAGCUAAAGACCAAACACACAAUCAAAAGUCUGGCAAACCUCGACGUAAUAUUGUUUAUUGAUUCCUAGGACCAAAAAAAAAAUAAUAAUAAAAAAGAAAAAACGAUAUAUAACUCGUAACAUAAAAAACUGAUAAAAAAGACACACUAUUUUACUAUAUUUUUUAUAUCUAAACCAAAAUAUACAAAUACAAAACUUCAUAAUUUCUAUAUAAAGUUUAGAAAGAAAACGUGAUCAUAAAGAUCUCAUAAUUGUCGUCGUUCCGCAACCAGUAAAUUAUAAUCGACCGCCAUCUUUGCAUAAUCCUGAUUUAUAUGCUGAUGCUUAUGCUGCUUUAGGACGUGGUGCAUAUGAAGCAACUGCCCGAGCACCCAAUAACAAUAAAGUUUGACAGA